CAGCGGUGGGGUUCUGGUGGUUUUUUGCACAAGCGCUGCUGGCCUGACUGACAGCUCGAUGAUCGCGCUGUGGAGGUUUGGCUGAGCUUGCCCAGCAUGGGCACCGGGGAAUACGUGUGCGUAACGCUGCGAGGCGGUGCGCCAUGGGGAUUCACCCUGCGAGAGGGAGAGGGAGACGCCUGCAGAUCCAUCCAGGUUCAUCAGGUAGAGGAUGGUGGGCGUGCCUUCCUGGCUGGUGUGCGGGAUGGCGAUGAGGUGGUGUCAGUAAACGGGGAGCCGUGUGCCGACCUCACGCUUUCAGAGGCCUCAGCGUUGAUCGACACAUCGAAAGACCGCCUGCAGCUCCUCGUCAAAAGAUGCACCUCCAUCGUUUCAAGAGACUUUGAAUCAGAUGGGAUGCACUUUGAUGAGAGGGAAUCCUUGAGGGAACCUUUAAAGAGCACCGCCCUCCACAUCCAGUCCCCAAAGCAUGGGUCUCAAAGCCCAAGUGAGCUCUACAUAUCAGAGUCCCACGAUGAGGCCUCUUAUGAGGAACUGGAGAGCAACUCUGAGUUUCUCAAAGGGUCGAAGCUGUUUGACACAAAACAACUGGGUGUUCGAAGUCGUUUAGAUCCUGUUUUUCAGCAAAGAGAUGAUGGAGUUCAGCUGAGCUUCUCUCCUGGGGACAUGAUAGAGCUCCAGGUGUCCCUAACUGAGCAAACCUCUGAGAACAGAGGCUGCACUUCUCUUGGGAGCGCUCGUGGGAUUGAGGGAGAUCUCUCAAACAGGGAAGUCUCGGAGGCUAUCCCCGGCGUCACAGAUCCGCAGUGCGAAGCGUGUCCUGUCAGGGAACCACUGGGCCAGCAUGGAGUGGUCCUCAGCUCCCCAUCAAUGCUGGGGCAGGUGGAGGUCAUCCUGCAGCAGCAGCCAGCAGCAUCGGGAGCAGGGAGGGGCAUCGAGGCCGUGGGUGGAAGCGUUGGAUCCCAAGGAGAAGGAGGAGGGGACAGCGAGGGAGUUCCUCAGGCUUUUACUGUCACAUUUGGAGUUCCCUCAGAGGACACAACACCAGCAGAUGAGCAGGAAUCCGAUUCGGAUGGGGACCAAGACAAACCCAACAAGCAUCGGCCAAGACACGCCAGGCUCAGGCGUGGAGAGAGUCUGUCAGAGAAGCAGGUGAAGGAGGCCAAGUCCAAAUGUAAACGUAUUGCACUCCUCCUCACGGCUGCUCCGCCUAACCCCAACAACAAGGGGGUGUUGAUGUUCAAGAAACAUCGCCAGAGGGCCAAGAAAUACACACUUGUGAGCUACGGCACUGGAGACGACGAACCAGAAUACAGCGACGAAGAAGACAAGGAGAACGACGACGACGAUAAAGAAGAAGAAACCCACACUGUUGAAUUUACCUUUCUGGCUUCUGACGAUUCAGAAAUAGACAAGCAUUUUCUCGCUAAUACUCAAAGCAAGAAAGGUGUGCUAACCAUAAACUGGGACAAGAGUCUACUUGAAAUUGAACAGCAGUUGAACAACCAAGAAGAAAUGGAAUGUUUGCCUGAAACCAAGGGCAAGGGCGCCCUCAUGUUUGCCCAGCGACGUCAGAGGAUAGAUGAGAUUUCUGCCGAACAUGAGGAACUUCGGCGCCAGGGAAUACCUGUUGAGGGUGUAUCUGAGGUUGAAAAGAAGAUGAUGGAGCAAUCGUAUGUGCAGGCCGCACCAGCUGGCCACACCUACAUGGAUGUGAAUGUACCUCAACAGAACCAACAACAGUACCAGCAAUACCAAGAGCAACAAUACUGUGAGCAACAGCAGCAUUACCAACAGCAGCAACAAUACCAUCAGCAGUAUCAGCAGCAGCAAUACGAACAACAGCAUUAUCAACAACAGCAAAUGUACCAGCAGCAGCAGCAACAACAGUAUAAUCAAGAGCAACAACAAAUUCCGCAUUACUCUCCAAAUAUGAAUGGGCACCAUCAAACCAAUGGCAUGCAGAGCUCUUUCGGUGAUCAUUCUGUCAAGCCAUUCUCAGUUCAAAAUACACUAGCUACCCCUUAUCCUCCUGCAAUGAGUGGAAUUAGCCAAGAGCCUGUGGGCCAAGGGGAACAAAUAGCAUCUCGUGAUGAACGCAUUUCUACACCUGCAAUAAAAACAGGCAUUCUACAGGAUACAAGAAAAAGGAAUACUGGCAAGCCCAUGUUUACAUUCAAGGAAGCACCAAAAGUAUCACCUAAUCCAGCACUGCUGAACCUUCUCAACAGAAAAGACAAGAAGCCAGGUUUUGAGCCUGCACCUGAGGAAGACUACCUCAGUUUGGGGGCCGAGGCUUGCAAUUUCCUGCAGAAUCCAAAUGUUAAACACAAGGUUCCUCCACCAGUGGCUCCAAAGCCAAUGAUCAACCCGAGCUCUCUUCCUUGGUCCUCACAGAUAGAAGGGACCAACCAAGACAUGCCUCAGUGUGCUGGAAAUAGUAUAUCCACACCUGCUGUUGCCCCCACUACUGAGGCUACCCCUGUCACAGAACUAGAGCCGAAGCCUGCACCUGCCUCUGAGCCCUCUCAUUCUCCUGAACAACAACCUCCCAUGAGCACCACUGCAGAGGGACAGCAAGCUUGGGAUCUCCGAGAGCCCAAACCUCAACAACAGCCCACAGAAGUGCCUGUUCAAGAUGAAGGUGGUCAAGUGAGUUCUACCAUCCAGCCUGAGACUGAUCCUGUGACUUCAUGGGGUGCAGUUCAAAUGAAAACACAACAUGAACUAUCUACCAGUUGGCACCCAGCUCAAGUGCAGCCUCUUAAUCCACCUCCAAGUCCCCCACAACAGCCUUCAUGGGUGGCACAUCAACCUUCUCAAGCCCAAACACAGCCUCAGUCAACUACGAAUACUUGGUCCCCUCAAAUUCAAACAUCCUGGAGUCAGGGUCAAGAGCAGGCAGAAGCCCAAACACAUGCUCAGGUAACCUGGUCCCAACCACAGGAACAAACCCAAUGUCAACCUCAAGUUCAGCCAUCCUGGACACACUCUGAGCAGCCACAUCUGCAGCAGACAUGGGGUCAACAUCAAGAACCAAUGCAACAGCAGCCACCACCCCAAAGGUCACAACCCUUACAAGGAGGCUCUGAGCCACAACCACCAUGGGUGCGGCAGUCACAGCAAAAAUCUCAACUACAGCCCUCUUGGGUUCAACAGGGUGAGUCUGAAUCCCAGGCACAGCCACCAUGGGUCCAGUCACAACAAGCAUGGCCACAAACUCAAACACUGGGGCAGUCUCAGCCAUCAUACGUCUCAUCAGGUCACCCUCAGGAGCCUUUAGUUAGUACAUGGCCUCCAUCACAACCUCAAGCUCAACAGAAUUCUUGGAUGCAAGCAGGUCAAUCACAACCACCAGUGCAGCCUCAAGCUCCCUUGGACUCUUGGGCAUCAGCACCUACCCAAGCACAGUCCCAACCAACAUGGUCCCAGAACCUCCAAAAUCAAGGGCAGCACCUGAUGAAUCCCUGGGGUCAAGAGCAAAUCCAACCUCAGCCUCCUUGGGCUCAGUCAGCACCACCCCAGUCCACACCACCACCAAACUGGCAACAAUCUACUCCCACAACUUCCCCACAGCCACCAGUAAAUAUGUGGAAUCCCACUCAAGUACAGUCUCAGACACCUAUGAAUACCUGGGUUCCACAGUCACAGCAAACAUCUACAAAUAUUUCAACGGCAAUGGUGAACAUUGGAGCCACUCGACCUUCUCCAAAACCUUGGCAUCCCUUGCAAGAUACUCCACAACGGACCCCUCCACCUCCACCACAGAGAAUGCAUUCUUUUACCAUUCGCCAAAGAAAUUCAUCACCUAUCAACCCAAUGGCCACUGUCCUAAACCCAUCUUCCCCUGGGUCUGCUUUUGAAAUGCCAGCUGUCAGAGGGAAAGGAGCUGAAAUGUUUGCCAAGCGACAGUCCAGAAUGGAGAAGUUUGUUGUGGACUCUGAGACUGUGCAAGCAAAUAAGGCAACCCGGUCAACUUCGCCCGCUGCUUCCUUACCAAAUGAGUGGAAAUAUACUCCAAAUGCUCUUGGCUCUCUUUCUGCACCAGCCAGAUUUCUAGGGACAGGUCAGCAGUUUGCUUCAAGUUCAUCAUCCCCCAAACCUGCAGCUCAAGCCUCCACAGCUCAACCGACAUGGCAGACCUCAUGGGUGGAGAAGGGACGCAAACCGCUAACACCCUGGGAGGCAGCCUCCCGCCAUCCCCUGGGCCUUGUGGAUGAAGCCUUUGCAUUGCAGGACCUCCAGCAAUCCUUGGCAUCAAAUGUUCACUUGGCAGCCCAACGGAAAAUUCAACCAGGGUCAGCAGCAGAGUGGAAGACCAAAGUGUGCUACAAGGCGCCGCAGAAAACAGGCAGCCAAACGUGGAGCCAAGGCCAAAGUUACAAGCAGAGUCGGGCUCAGAUACCUUUGUUUGUAUCGCCAACCAAGAGUGUCGUUUCCACUUCAGCCACCCAUGCUGGCUACAAGUCUCUGCCCAGGUCAUGGCAAGCGCAGACAGUUAUGAGUGAGGUAAACCCGAGGCCCUCGAUAUUCCCGCCAGAGCAGAAAAGCUCACUGGGAAAGCAAACAUACAAAUCAGUGUACACAAGCAACACCACUUGGAAUUGGAAGCGGUAGGCGUGUUUGACCUUCACAGAAUUUAAUUGCUUUGAUCAUCACAGCUUUUUAACUUUAUACUUCUUCAAUAUCUGGACAACAAACAAAAAUAUUAUGGUUGAACCAUAUUUGCUUCAAAAUAUAACCAACUCUUCCUUGACCCAAGGCCUAAGUUUCCCCAAAAUUUAAUGACCUGUUGGUUUGCUUGAGAUAUUACUAAGAGAAGAGAGCCAGAACUUGAUAGAAGUUGGCAAAUUAAAAUGCAAGAUUUGAGUAUUUAUAUGGAAGACUUUACUAGGCAUGUUAUUACGUCAGGAAUGGUAUCCAGUGUAAAACUAGUGCCAAAUCAACAGAUUCAUAUGUAUCACAACGGCUGUGCUGACCACUAGCAUAAAGGGAGAAGACGAAAGAACUUAUUAGGCAUGUUAUCACCUGCACAAAGGUGUUUAUUUCUUAACCUGUGUCACUUUGUUGGUUUGUUGGUGUGGUUACUUAAAAUGAUACCAAUUGAUUAAUAGAUGGAGAACAAGACACACUUGGAGAUUUGCAUCAAAUUCUUUCAAAA